ACUACGGUGCAGUAAUGGCGCAUAACAUUGUCAAAUGUCAUCAUAUGUCAUUUGAGCUGAUCAUUUUCCGUUCUUCAGUUGUGACUAAAUGAAUAUAUAUCUGUAUCAUUGGAAAUGCAAGUAGCGCGGCUGGAAUAAACGUAUCGAUCAAUGUUUCGCAUAUUUUAUUGGCAUGAUAAUGCCGAAGCACAAUAGAUCUCGUAUGCACGAGUACUGCUUAUUCAUAGUGCAAUUAAACAUCUUAUAUGAAAGGAUUGGUGAAAGCGAGCAAAAUGCAAUUACGCUUCAAAAUGAAAUGAUAUAUUCAUAAUUCGAUACUAUCGAAACAUGUUGCGAGCGAUUGGCUGCGCUAAGCCGGGUACGUCCGGUUUCGAUCACCGGUGUCGCUGCACUCAAAUGUGAAGUCGCGCGAGUUAGUAAAAUACGAAUCGAGCUGCAUCAGUUUGCAUCAGUGUGCGGUGGUGUGCGGUCGGUAGUUUGUACGGUGGAUCGGAGCGACGUCGGGCGGCAAAUCUGUCAACCUUUUUCUCCGUCGGAGAAUUCGUCGGCGCGCGUCGCCGGCAUAUGAAACGAGUUUAGUCGUGCAGCGGAACGAUGGCCGCGUGUAUCAACGAUGAACAGGUAUCUCCGACGAAUGCCGUGAGAAAGCCGUCGUUGACGGCGACCGGCGCCGCCGCUGCCGGCAAGCCGUUGUACUGGCAACAUCGGCUCUUCGGCAAACAGCUUGCACGUUGCAGUCAGGUUAACGACAUGAAGAAGUCUAUUGACUCGACGGCGACCUCGCUCAUCCACGAGGACGGCCAGCCGGUCUGCGAGAUCAUCGGCAUGUACUUCAGCUUCGUGAACCCCGGCGCGACCUGCGACGACUUCACGCGUCAGCUGGUCGAGCUCUACUCGAACGUUAACGGCGCGGACAACAACGGCGUCGGCGAGCGCGGCGAGAGGAGGAAGAGAUUCGAGGUGGUACACGUGGUUCUCUGGAGCAACGUGACCGACGUGCUCGACUUCGAGGAGAGCUUUCGCGCCCAUGUAGCCGAUUUGCCUUGGCUCGCUGUGCCGAAUCGGGAUUACGAAAGGAAGACAAGGCUCACUCGAAGGUAUCGGAUAAAAGCGGGCGUACCGACGUUGAUUUUAUUGGAGGGCACCAACGGGUCUGUAAUAACAAGAGGUGGAGUGGAGCGAACUGUCGCCGAUCCCAUCGGCGAGGAAUUCCCUUGGAGACCUCCACAUCCAAAAGCCACGCUUGAGGAUGGACCUCUUUUGCCGUGCGGCGCCCGCGGCAGCAAUGAACCCAUGUUGCACGAGGAGCUCCGUCAUUGUUUCAAGGGAGUUUACUUUAGUGCACAUUGGUGCCCACCUUGUAAAGCAUUCACCCCGCAACUUGUGGACACAUAUCAACGAAUCCGAGAGAGAGGUCACGAUUUCGAAGUAAUUUUCGUAAGUUCAGAUAGGAGCGAGGACUCCUAUAAUGCGUACACGGAAACAAUGCCUUGGUUAAGGAUACCUUUCACUCAAGAAGAAAGACGUCGAAAAUUGGCUAGGGCUCUCGACGUUCAAGCAAUCCCAACUCUGGUCAUUCUUGAUCCUCGCGAUAACAUAAUCACUCUGGAUGGACGCGCCGAGUUAAUCGAAGAUCCGGAAGGACUGAACUUUCCCUGGACAAGUAGAUUGCUGAACAUUUUAACAGAAAAGUACGCUACAUCGUUACACGAUGCUCCGGCUAUUAUCUUGUUUGUUGAGGGAGAAGACUGUGAGAUUCAAUUUGGAGAAAGCGUAUUAUUGCCAGCUGCAGAAGCAUAUAGAAAGAAUCAGCCGGAUUAUGAUCCAAAUUAUGAUGAUCCCAAUGAUGAUACAUUGCAAUUUUAUAUAGCUUUGGAUUGUGAAACUUCGGAUAUUCUCCGCGAAUUCAUUGAUUUGGACGACGCAGUACCUCUUUUGACCGCUAUCGACAUUCCGCGAGGGAUCUACGUAGUGAUGGAGUACGGCGCUGAAAUUACGGUGGACUCCGUACAACAGUUCGUCGAUGGAUUUCUCAACAAUCAAUUGCCGAUAAAUAAAAUAGCGGCAGUGCACAAAACAUCAAAAACAAACGAACACGUGCCGGCCUAAAAUCACAUAAAACGUUAAUUGAGCACAAAAUUUGUACUUGGCAAAUUUUAUAAGAGAAGGAGUUGUUCGAAGUUAUUCGAAUCAGAUGAAAAAGAUCUCUCUUUCACACUCUCUUUCUUUUAUACUCCUGUCUCUGUGAUAUUGUCGCUCUUUUCGUAGAGAAAUUUGCGCGUAAAUUAUACUUCUUUUAUAAUUCUUUAGUAACCAAAAGAUAUGUAUUAUACCACAGCCAAAAAUAAAUCGAUCAGAUUGUAUUUUUAAGUGUACGUACACGCACACGAAUACGUUAAUAUAUUAUAUAUUACGUAAUAAAUGCCACGUAGGCGUACUAUGGGAGUUCUUAUAUUUAUGAAAUAGCCCAUUGUUGUAGUUUACCGAGUUUUAUACAUUUGUCAUAGAAAUUUAAAGAUUUAUGCAAUCUCUAUAUACAAUUAUAUACAUUUGUAUUUUCUA